AUGGCCUCCUACGAACGCCGCUCUGCCGUCUGCAUACGAUGCUCCGAGAUCAAGCAGGGCUGCCGGGGCGGCAUACCCUGCGAGCGGUGCACUCGUCUGAGUCUUCCCUGCCGGCCUCGGAACAGUUCGGACUCUCCACCGUGCCGGGAUAACUCUCUAACCAUCGGUAAUGAGCCGGCACAGCAACCCAAGGCGCGCAUCCGGCGCGUGCAGACGGGCUGUCUGACUUGUAAGAAACGGAAGAAGAAAUGCGACGAGAGGAAACCGCAGUGUGGAGACUGUCGGAGGCUGUGUAUGGAAUGCACUUGGCCUACCGAAAAGGCCCUCGCAAAGAAGUCCAACGACUGGGUUCAUGAAGCAUGGCCUGGAGUGAGAUCAGUCACCAGUGUCACUCCUCCCAGCUUGCCCAUCAGCAGAUCCAGAAGCAUCAGCCGUUCAGAUGGCAGCUCUUCUACAUCCAAUCUCGAUUUCAACAUCGCAGAUGCGCUCUGCCAGAUGUCAUCGACCGCCGACACCACCGUCGCUUCUGAGGCCGGCCAGCCGCAGGACCUCGGCGACAUGUCUGUCACGGCCGCCCCGCUGCAAGACCUGGCGUGGAGCCUCGCCUCCGACUCCACGUGGCUCGACAUCCUUCCCCAGACCCCGUCGAUCGUAUCCGCCCCCUCGCCACCCGAGAGCAUGUCGCUCCCGCACCCGUCCCUCUGCCUCUACACGCCCAGCAUCGUCCCGGACCUCACCUCCCCUUACGACAAGGCCCUGCUGAACCACUACUCCACCAUCGUCGCCCCCGUGCUCUCGAGGAGCCCCAACCCGGACGCCAACCCGUACCUCGGCCACCUCCUGCCCAUGGCCCUGUCGAACCAGCUCGUGCUGCACUGCGUGCUCGCCCUCAGCGCGACGCACUGGCAGCGCCUGCAGCCGCGCAUGCGCGACCGCGCGCUCUUCCACCAGGGCCGCGCGACGCAGUCCCUGGCCCGGCUGCUCUCGCACGUCGACGCCAACCUCGACAUCGCGCUCGUGUCGUGCCUGCUGCUCUGCAUGGCCGAGCUGUUCGACGGCACGUCCUCGGGCUGGGAGCUGCACCUGCAGGGCGCCAAGCGCAUGUUCACGACACUGCGCCGGCGGCAAAAGGCCGACCAGCUGCAGCGCGGCAGCAGUAAUAGUGGCAAGCAGCUUGCCGGCGGGCACUACAAGUUCCUCGUCGUGCUGACGCGCUUCCUCGACAGCGCCGCCACGACGAGCACGUGCAAGCCGCCGCUGAUCGACGAGCGGUGCGCGCCGGCCGACUCCACGAGCCCCGUGAUGGACUUCUCCUCUUCGACCUCCGGCGGCCCCAGCUCUAGCUCCGGCCCCAGCUCUGGAUCUGGCGGCCGCGGUGAAAGUAGUGGAGCAGGCGAGGAUGCGGCCGUGUACGGCAUCCCCAAGGAGCUGUUCCACCUCGUCGACCGCGUCAACGAGCUGGCCAGCAAGCGCGGCACCCGCGUCGACGAGGCCUCCGAGGCCGCCUUCCGGCGCGAGGCGGCCCGCGUGCGCAGCCAGCUCGACAACUGGGCCUACGACUACGGCGGCAUCUCGGGCGCCGUGGCCUCGCUGUCCGGCGGAAGCGGCAACGGCAGGAGCAACGACGACUGCCUGCACGCCACGACGGCGUACGAGUGGGCGCUGCGCCUGCGCCUGCACCAGAUCACCGAGGGCUACUCGAUCCGGGACCGCGCGGUGGCCGAGUGCGUCGAGCACAUCCUCGCGUCGGCGCAGCGCGUGCGCUACGGCUCCCCGCUCGAGAGCUGCCUGCUCUUCCCGCUCGUCAUGGCGGGGGGCGCCUGCGACGGGCUCGAGCAGCGCAUGGUCAUCCAGGACCGGCUCAUGGUCAUGGAGCGCACCUGCGGCUUCGGCUACAUCCACCAGAGCCGGGAGCUCGUCGAGACGGUGUGGAGCCGGCGCGACGGCGCGGCGACGGGCGAGGCGCGGGUCAACUGGGCGCGGAUCCGGUACGAGGAGAUGGGAGGGUUGGCGCUGUUUUGA